GAUUAUUCAUUCCUCUAUCACCGACCUCAGCUUCAAACAGCGUUUGGGGUGGGACGGUCUCCUACGGGGUACGGCUACAAGAUUAGCUGAAGGAGAUAAAAAAAACCGCCUCAGCUGCUAUCCCCCCACAAUAAAAAGCAACGAAAAGGGGAAGAAAAUUUAAACACCGAGUCGAUAAUUGUUUCUCCAACUUCGUUCCUCUUCUUAGGUACUUGCUGUUUCAAUUUUUUGUUAAAGUUGAUGAUUUAUAUAUGGCGAUAUCUUCAUUGAGUGCAACUUCCGGUGUAACCGCGGCGUUAUUCCCCCCAGUGAAGUUUGAGCUUCCGAGGAGGGGACCAGUCAAGCAUUAUAACCAUGGAGUAGGAGGCCUUGGCAGGGUAUCAUUUUGUUUGAAUCGUGAACAGUUAGUGAGGCUUGGCAAGCUAUCAUUAUGUUCGAGUCACAAUCAAAAGUUAACUUCUAUAACCAGAGUGCGUUCUGCUUCAUUGGUGUGCUCAGCUGCUCUGAAUGCACGAUGUGGAGCAGAAGGACAGACUCAAACAGUGGAGAAACCAGUUUCUGUGAUUUCACAUGCUCCUGGUAAAGAGAAAUCACCACUACUCGACGAUGGUGGAACAGGAUUCCCACCUCGUGAUGAUGACGGUGGAGGGGGUGGUGGAGGUGGGGGAGGUGGAAACUGGAGUGGCGGUUUCUUCUUUUUCGGUUUUCUUGCAUUCCUUGGAUUCUUGAAAGACCAAGAAAGUGAAGGAUCCUAUCGAGAUUCUAGACGGAGAUGAUCUGAUUGAGCUUUAAUCUUUAUAGAAUUUGUCUUGUAAUGCCGAUUACAUUCUCGGUUGAGCUUAGUCUUUAUAGAAUUUGUGUCUUGUAAUAUCGUCUACAUGCUCGUUAUACGUAUCAUAAUUUUUUGUUCUUGGGCUCCGGCUGACAGGAGAAGCCGUAUAGGCUAUAUGGUAUGAUGAACUGAUUUGGCGACUAA